AUGGCACCGCCUCUCAACUUGGUGAUUCGCGCUCUCGUGGCUUUCGAGGACGUGAUUAUCCGCCAGAUUCUGAGAAGUCCCGGCUUCCACCGUGGCGUUGGCCGGAUCCAUCGAUACGUUGACGAGAAACGGAACGGGCCCAUGCCGCAUGAGCCCCUGCGACAAGGACAGGCGACUGCAAAUCCAGAAGAUCGAGGGUUCAUACAGUACUUUCUUGAGGAGCUGAAGCAUCAGUUCCGGGGAACGUCGUCCAACUCGCCACCGCCACCAGGACCGCCGAAGCGAUGA